UGUCGAAUACACGUACUGUAUAUACUAUGUAGGUGUUAACCGUGAAAUAAAUUUACCCACAACGCGCAUGACAGGAAGAGAGGUGACAACUAGUUAAUUGUUGCCAUAAGGUUCCACGUGAUGCUUGCCUCCUCCGCCCUUUUUUCCAAACGGGCUUUUGACACUUUUGAAGAAGUUACGGGCAUGACCCUUUGCAUUUCCAGUUGCUUCCCGGAUACGGUUCGCCACUCGGCCACCCACCACUUGCGCGCGAUUAAGCAAUCCCGCCACGUGGUCAUUUAGCUUGGGAGCGUGCUUGGAAACGGCAGCCUUGAUGCCCUGGUGCGUGCGAUCGAUGGCUCCGCGGACAUGAUGGCGGACAUUGCCGAACGCGCCCGUGAAUCUGCCGCGGGUUUCGGAGCUGAAGAGCAAGUUGCGGGGGGUGUCAUUCGUGUUGGCCAGUUCAUUGUAGUGCUUGGCGAGUCCACGCAACGCUGUCACCUGGUUGUCGUCCGUGGAGGAGGUGGCUUGGUCGCCGAAUGCGAUGGCGCACAGCAGCAUCAAGAGCACCAAGAGGAGAGAGAACGUACGUUGGCCACGCAUGAUGGAGCGAAAGAUGGAAUGAAUAUGAUGGCACCUCGAUGGAAUUACGAUUCCACCACGCUGCAUGCAACCAUGUCGUCGUAGCAAAGCAAGCCAUCGG